GACGUAUUCAGCACCCGGACCCGAUCCGUCUGCUCGGUCUUCCCAAGCGUGAACGAGUCGAACUUGCCCUCGAGUUCUUCGCGAAUGGCACCAAGAUCUCCGGGAGAGACUCCCCAGAACGGCUCCAAGUCGUGGUAGAUCGUGUCGUAUUCGUCCGGGAGCUGGACGUUGUUUUCCUGGACAUAGAUCCACCUGGCAGCAGGCGCAUAUUGGCAAAGUCCUGAGCGGGGAUGCGAGGGCGAGGUGCUACUGACCAGUCGUCAAAUCCUUUCGGAGGGCUGCGUUUGUAUCUUCUCUUGUAUUCCGCGACGGCCUGCGGGAAGUUGGUGCUGGCCCUGUCCCGCUUCGCUCGCCAGCUCUCUUCGGCGCUAGCAAUGAGCUCAAAGAUCGGAUGUCCUCCUGCAGCAGAUUAUCCAGUCGAUUCCGGACGAUGGCAAGCGAACACACACCUUCCGGAUUGACUUGGAGGAGACCGUUGUCUAGAUACGUGUGCCGCCCGAGAGGGGCUGCUACUGGGAGUGGCAGCUCCGGCACCAGGUGAUUCUCAGCCAACGCGUCAUCGUUCAUAAACUCUACCAAAUGUCUAUUCCAUGGCUCCAGCAGGUCUUGUAGCAGAGGCGAGAGAUCCUUGGAGUAGAGGCCCAAAGCUACGAUGAUGCCUAGGAUGAGUAGCAGUCGGAGAACGCGCUCCCGACGAGCUCGCAUGACCGCUGAGAGACGCGGGCGAUGAUGAGACCCAUGGGCGGCCGAUUAAGCGCCGAAAAGACGACAGUGGGAGAGUUGGGAAGUAUGUAGAAGAGUUCGGGGCAGAUCCGAGAGAUGCCGCAGCUUGGUCGAUCUGAAAUUCUGCAUCCACUAUACUUGCCACCGAGCCUCAGAGGAGAGCAAAGCAAUCCUUUGAAGAGCUGCUGGACAAGUGAGGCAUGUUUACUGGGAGACGGAACCAGGUUACGGGUGACGAUGCGGAGAUGAGUCGCGAACGGAGUCGCGUACGUAAAUCACACGCACAGGCCCUCUUCCUCCCAUUUUACUUACCUAAAUACAACUUCCGACGCUCUUCCGACCCGAUAACGAGGCCCUUCGGCACCAUCAUCCACGGCUUAUCUGCGUGUCAUCGCGCAAGAGUACACCGACGGCAAAUAUGCAAAGCAGCCUCAGAUCGAGAAGACCCAUAAAUUAAAAUAUCAUCAUCACUGGUGCGGUGUGGAAUCGAGUCACUUUUGAAAGCAAAGUUCCUCUGCGCCUCGUUGUCCUGUCCCAUCGAUCCGAACCUCGCUCUUGCCACCACUAUGUCCAAGACGACCCCGAACCCGACCACGACCGCGAUCCUGCACCGUACGCCCUGGGUACCGCCCAUCGCGGUCUCGGGCUCGGGACCCUACAUCGAGCUGGACGACGGGCGCACGCUGCUCGACGCCGUCGGCGGGGCUGCCGUCGCGUGUCUGGGCAGCGGACACCCGGCCGUGAACAAGGCGCUGAAGGAGCAGGUCGAGCGCAUCUCGUACGUGUACAAUAUGCAGCUGUCGAACCAGCCGGCGGAGGAUCUGGCCAAAUUUCUGAUAGAGACCUCGAACGGGGCGUUUGAGCUCGUGGGGUACGCUUCCGGUGGUACCGAGGCCAUGGAGGGCGUCAUCAAGCUGUCGCGGCAGUACUUCGUAGAGAUCGGACAGCCCAAACGCACGAACUACAUCGCGCGCCAGCUCUCGUACCACGGCAACUCCGUCGGCACGCUGUCCCUGGCGUACCACCCCGUCCGGCGCGCCCCGUACGCGGGCAUCCUGGACACCGAGCACUUCCACCACGUGUCCCCCGCGUAUGCGAAGCGGUUCAUGAAGGCCGGCGAGAGCGAGGAGGAGUACGUCGAGCGGCUGCGCGCGGAGCUGGAGGCCAAGUUCAUCGAGCUGGGUCCCGAUACGGUCAUCGGAU